CAGCAGUCUCUACAGCAGCAGAACAGGUGUGUAAGAAGAAGCUGAACUGUUCGUCCACAUACUUUGUCUUACAGGUGUAUUUUCAAAUCAAGAUAUGCACAUGAACGUUUGAGUUGGACCUUUUUCAAAGGUACGAAUACACAAUUUUAUAUUAUAUCUCUAUAUAUGUCUCUCUCUCUCUCUCUCUCUCUCUCUCUCUCUCUCUCUCUCUCUNAUAUAUAUAUAUAUAUAUAUAUAUAUAUAUAUAUAUAUAUAUAAAUUCAAUACUGUUUUAUUAUAUAUUACAUCUCCAUAUAUAUAUAUAUAUAUAUAUAUAUAUAUAUAUAUAUAUAUAUAUAAAUUCAAUACUGUUUUAUUAUAUAUUACAUCUCCAUAUAUAUAUAUAUAUAUAUAUAAAUUCAAUACUGUUAUAUCAUGAAUCGAUUCAACUGGCUGUCUUUCAGUCUGCAUUAUCAUACCAUGGAUACAUUUACUUCGGUAUCUCUAUCUGCUGUAGUCCCGGCCAGUAUCGAUAAGAUUAGAAUAUUCGCAAAACAUUUACGCUUUUUUGAACUCAUAUUGUGCUGUUUUGUAAAAUAUUGAUGACUGCAAUUUGUUUAAACGUCUAGAUUCGUCUUAUCUUCUUCAUUUGGAAGUGUGUGUAAUGUAAUGGCCUUCAUUUUAUUUGGUGUUUUCGUUUUCGGUUGUGUUGGGUGGGCCGCCGGCACAAAGGAAACGAAAUGCAACGCACAGACCGCGAAACGCCACACUCCACUGACCUUACAAUAUGCCCUUAGCUCUCUUGUGUCCUUGUUUAUUCGUCCAAAUGUCCUUAGGUUCAUUUAUAUAACUUAAACAAAAAAUUAAAUUAUAAUAAAUAUACCCUAGAUGUCUUUCAAAAAUAUGACAUGGGUUUUUCAAAUCAAUUCAAUUGAAAUAUGAUAAAAAUAAAAUAUAUUUGCUUAUAUUUACAUAUUUGCAUGUAUAAUAACUUAGAAAAAACAACAACUUUUAUUAUCUUCAGAAACAGGCAUUGUGUAUUUUACACUUAGUUCCGGAGCGAGCCAGAAGGUUGUGUACAUUUUUUUAUUGAUUUAAUCAAAUACGUUACGGCUACAAAUGUUUAAACUGACAUUCAUAUUUUAUUUUAAAUUAGAAGCCAUUUUAGGAAGUUAUGUUUUCUUAUUUGUUAAUGGGUGUGGAAAAAAAAUAGACAUGCAUCUUUUAUAAUAUAUAAAAAAAAUAAAUGUCUCAUAUUCCAAAGAUAUUAUAACUUCAAUGUCUCUAUACAGAUCUGCUAUAAAGUAUGGAAAUUUAGCUUUACUAUUUGCAAAAUAUAAUUUUGAAGGGGGUGGCAAAAAAAAAAAAAAAAGGUUUUUUGUCUUUUUGUAUUUUGUGUUUUGUUUUGAGAAUAUGAAAUUUCAAAAUCCGAUUUAACUACAUAAGUAAAAAGGGGGAUAACUAGAUGUUGAGACUUCGCAUUAGCAGGAAAUUAGGAGCACAUAAUGUCUUCCUUUAUUACUUGAGUAACACAUGGUCAUACUUUCAUAUAUAUAUAUGCAUAAUAUUGUUUUAUUGUUCAAAACAAAAGGAAAUGUCUUUUGAUUGAAUUUUACAUUUUCAGCACAUAAAUAAACCAAUUUGUACACAACAAAUCUACGGUACAUUAAAUGAUUUCGCUAAUGAAAAAAAAACCCAGCCAUUCAGUGAAUGCUCUUUGCCAUAUACAGUUACGUUCCAGAAACUGUCACGGAUCAGUGAAUGUUUGGUAUAAGUACCAAAACUGCAACUAAAUUCUUAUUUCUAGACUAUAAACUCUGAAUAUGACCCAAAGGUUGCCCCCAAUGCACUUUAAUUCCAUAUAAAAGUUAGCUUAAUAAAUUACCCUUAAAAAAGUUGACGUAGAAGAAAAAACAACAACAAAAAACAACAUUAUGACUUACAAAUAGAGUAUUGUAUCACCUACACGCUAUCUGCUACACUACACAACAUGGUGUACAAAUGUUACCCUUAUAGUUUACUAAUGUGUUUGAUGCCGUUAUCUUUUGCACUCACAGUGAGGUAAAACCAAGUAAAGAAUGGAACUGUAAAUUUAAUGACUCACGUAUCUUUGUCUGAUGCUUCAACUUUGGUUAUCGAGGCUGUGGGGUUAUGCGUCAAUUAAGAAUACAAUUUUCAUUUUAAAAAGAAAUUUCUUAUCGAUUUUAGAAAUAAAAGCAUGAAAAGUUAUAAAUUACUUUGAGAAAUUAAACAUAAAUACUUCUGCAGGAUUUUUUAGGAUUUUUACAAAUUUCGAAGAUCUGUGAAUAAAAUACCGAAACGAGAAUGCACGAGUUCUCUCUCUCUCUCUCUCUGUAUAUAUAUAUAUAUACUGAUAAUUUAUUCUAUCGAGCUUUAUUUUGUUUUACAAUUUCUGCAACUUAGUCUUAUUGCUUGUGUGUGUUAACUUAUGAUACAUUAUGAUCACUGUACAACGGGUGGUUAACAUUUUUUUGUUCUUUGUGUCUAGAACUCUCAGGCAUCAUUUGAGGAGCAGGGCUAAAAUGGAGAAAAAUAGCAUUGCUGCCAUCUUUUUCGUCCUUAUAACAGCUAGGCACGUACUCAUGGAUGAAAGAAAAAAUGACCUUGACCUCGUUAUCAUUGGUAAAACUGGAAACGGCAAAAGCGCCACCGGGAAUACUAUUCUGGGCAAGAAAAGUUUUGACACUUCACCAGAUUCUAAUUCUGUGACGAAGACUGCUCAGUUUGAUUACUCCGAGUACAACAAUCGAACCAUCAAAGUCGUAGAUAGCCCGGGCAUAUUCGAUACCGAUCUUAGCCAGGAAGAGGGAUUGAAAUUAUUCAUCGACGCCAUCCACACUGCCAUAGCCCUUAACCCAGAGGGUUACCACGCGUUUCUAUUGGUUGUUCGUUUUGGUUCUCGAUUCACCGAGGAAGACAAAAAGACUAUUAAUUUCAUAAAGACGAUAUUUGGCGACGAUUUACUCAGUAGGUUUUGUAUUCUGGUAGUUACACAUGGAGACACCUAUGACCCGGAAGAAACUGGAAUCGCUUUGUUCUCUGAUUGGGUCAAGACACAAGCAGGCUCCUUGAAAUCUUUAGUAGAGGAAUGCGGUGGCAGGUUGAUAUUAUUUGAUAACAAAUGUAAAGACGAGGUCAAGAAAAAAUCCCAGGUUGACCAGCUGUUGACCAUGGUGGAUAGACUCAGCGUCCUGGGGCUGAGGUAUACCGACAACCAUUUUAAGAUGGCUUUGGACCAGCGUGAAAGAAUGAUGGUGGAAUCAAAACUACCAAUGAUUCGGGAGGAAAGCUUGAGGGAGACUAGCUUAAUAUUACAACAACUUGGUAAUCUUCAAUCACACGAACCAAAGAAACAACUGAAGCAGUUGGAUGCACUGAAGUAUAGAGCCGAUGCAUUAGCUCAGAGUGUCAUGAAACAAGACAAAGGUACUGGUGCCCUGAAGGCAAUCAUUGAAAAUACCCAGCACAUUGUGCAGAACGUUCUUGCCCACAUGAAUGCAGUGAAUGAAACACUGGAGAUUCAAGAAAACAUGGAGAAGGCAAAGAGGGACAUUGAUGAGCUGAAAGAAGGCAGAGAGAAAGCGCGAGAGGAUCAGGACCAUGAGUUGGUCACUAAACUAACGCAGCAA